UUUAAUAUGUAACAUGGCCCGGGUAUAAAAGAAUUUCUUCUCUGACCAACGGGCAUCAGUUUGCCCACGACGGACAAGAACAACACACCAAAAAACCAUGAAAUCUGCUAUCGCUUUCCUUCUCCUUGUCGCCUUGACUGUCUCCAACGGUGAAAACGUAAGAGACAAACGUGGAGUUGUUACUGCACCUUAUGUCGCAGCUCCUUACUAUGCUGCAGCCUAUGCUGCGCCCUAUGCUGCGCCCUAUGCUGCUUAUUAUACCGCCGCGCCUUACUAUGCUGCUCCUUACGUUGCCGCACCAAAUCCAGUCGUAGCACGUGCUUCCAGGGUAGUCGGCGCCCCCGGUUUUGCAGCGAGAUACUAUACCUCCCCCUACGUCGCAGCUCCCGUUGCAGCUGCACCUUACACAGUACUCGUAUGAUGAAUUUGUUUUGAAACUCUUUGUUCAGAAAUAAAAAAUAUCUAUUACAAUUUUAUUUUUUUUAUUAA